AUGGAUUGUAGAUCAAUUAAAGAAAGAAAUUAUUUCUUGGAAAAGCCUUUAUCCACUGAAGAAGAGAAAUAUCCAUUGGCUUAUGCUAGAAUUGUUUAUGGAAGUUAUAGAUUUUUGGAAGCAGAAUUUGCCACAAAUUAUCAUCCCCAAAAUUGGUAUUGUUUUGCUGUUGACAAGAAAAUUGGAGAUAAUUUUUUUAAAAGAAUAAAGGCAUUAGCUAAGUGCUUCUCUAAUGUUAUUGUUCCAACAAAAAGAUUUCCUGUAGAGAGUGAUGGCGUUCAUAUGGGAACAGCAUUCAUGUCAUGUUUGGAGGAAUUAUCUAAAAAGAAAUAUAAAUGGGAAUAUGUUUUUACACUUCAAAAUGAUGAUAUACAGAUAAAAACAAAUGAGGAAAUUAUCCAAAUAUUAAAAUGGUUGGGUGGGGCUAAUGAUGUUCAAUAUCAACUAGAUCAAGAAGAGCUUAUUAAAAAUGUCAGCAAAAAAUUUAAUUAG